AUGUCAGCUACACUCUCUUCGGCCGAUAGGCCAUUCACUGAAUUUGGUCUAUUCGACAGCCCCCUGGAUUCACCACUCCCAGAUGUCCCACAAAAUUCGCUAAUCCCUUCCCAACAACCGCCCCAACGGCCAACAAUAAUUACCACCACAUCUUCAAGCUCCGAAAUUAAACAGAGACACCCCUCAAUUGCUGAAUCCACUGCCUCUUCUUCCUUCGACCCUGGAGCAGAUUUAUCUUCUUUUGACGCGUCGACUACCCGCGCUUACCCUAGUCAACAAGGCCAGCCAACUGUCGGUAUGGGUGGUUGGGCCGAGAGCAUUGCAGAGGAACCUGUGACCAAAACUUGGGAAGAGGAAUUGGAGCAGAGGGCUAAGGCUGGUGCUGAGCUUCAACGACGCACUGAGGAGGCCGUAAAACGUGAGAGAGAAGAGCGCUUGCAGGCUGAAUUCUGGGAAGAGGAAAGGAAGGAGCAGGAGAGGGUGCUUAGUGCCCGUUCCGACAUUCCAGGGCCACCCAAACCACCCAAGUCACCGAAACCAGUUUCUGCGGAGAAGCCCCCAGAGACAACUCCGAGGCCGAGUUCGAGCUCAAAUUCCAGGCCAGUCCCGCCACCACCUACAGCCCCGAGGGUCUCACCUCCUCAACCUUCAGCAAAUACCACAACUGCUAUAUACCAGAUCAAACACAUUAACUGGAUCGAUCCCUCUCAACCCGGGUCGGCGCUUAGGCGUUCCCCUAUAUUACUACAAAAUGCGAACGGGCCAUGUCCUUUACUUGCCCUGGUUAAUGCCCUAGUGCUUUCUACUCCUGAUGGGGUCAAGACAUCACUUGGCGAUGUUCUCCGACUUCGAGAGCAAGUUUCGCUUGAGCUACUUCUAGACGCCGUAUUUGAGGAACUGAUGUCCAGGGGCUCCGGUGGCUUGCCGGACGUCGGUGACUUAUUCUCUUUUUUGCUAACCUUGCAUACUGGCAUGAACGUUAACCCUCGCUUCUUGCCCUUGGAUGACGAGUGCCGGGCUUCAGGUCCGUCGGGCGGAUUUGAGAAUACAAGGGAAAUGGCACUUUAUGGGGCGUUUAAAGUACCUCUUGUGCACGGGUGGCUGCCCGAGCCUGUGGACCCUGUCCUCGAUGCAAUGCGGCGGCGCGGCGCUGGGAGUUACGAAGAGGCACAGACAUUGCUCCUGAUUGAAGAGGAGAUCAUCACGAAGGUUACCUCUGGAACCCAACUCGAAUUAACAAGCGAGGAAGAAAGAAUUUGUGAAGAUGCCCGCAUCAUUAGAGAAUUCAUGGAAAAGAGUAAGACACAGUUAACCAUUCAUGGGUUGGACGUAUUAAGGAGAGAUUUAAAGGCAGGACAUGUUGCUAUCUUAUUUAGAAACGAUCAUUUCAUGACUAUUCUCGGUGGGGGACGGACUGGGGGUGAUUUGGUUGGGCUAGUUACAGAUAUGGGGUUCGCGAGCCACGAAGAGGUGGUUUUCGAGAGAUUAGCGGAUGUUCAAGGAUGCCAAAAUGAAUUCCUCAGCGGAGACUUUAGACCUGUCGGCGGUGGAGGUUCCGAUACUCAUAACAGUGGCGGUAGUUCGAGGCACCAAGCAGCGCCACGACAGGAGGUUAGAAGCUUACUUGACGAUGACGAAGGAUGGCAGACCGUUGGUUCUAGGAGAAGUCAAAAUAAUAGCCAAAGCCUAGCCACCACUAUCGAGCGAGCGCCUCCCCCACCACCGCCACCCAGAUCUAGUUCUUCGGGUAACCAAGACUAUGAUUAUGACACUGAUCUAGCCCUCGCAAUGCAACUGCAAGAAGAGGAGGAUGAGAGACACAGACGUCACCAGAGCCGUACUAGGAACUCUACUUCCGCUAUUCCUGCAGUGUCGCCCUCACAACCUGCUGUUCCUCAAAGAAUGUCUGCCCCUGCCCCUCCUCUACGGGCCCAACCAGCCCCCUUCCAAACACACAGACCAGCAUCAAGCUCCGAAGAAGCACCACCCCCAUAUGAACGUGUUCCGAGUACGCCCGCUGCUGCAACGAUUCCCACACCACAACUCUUCCCCUACCGACAGCAAGCCCAGAAUUCUGGUCCUUCAGCCCCUCCCAUCGUCGGCUCAAGCUCUAUCCCUGUUGUCCGACGCGGUGAGCAAGCACGUGGAAUGCUACAAGAGAUCAGCGGCCGCAGUGGGGGUCCACCACCCGCCCGCAGGAGUAGUGUAGGCGCUGCAGCCACUGGGAGUGAGUCCUCGGGAAGGCGUGAAUGUAUUAUUUGCUAG